AGCAGUAAUGAAAAUACAGAUUACCCACUGCAUCAACCGAACUACUGUUUAGCAGUCGUGGAAAAACGAUUGGCAAUUACCCCCACCCCCACCCCCAUCCUGUAUCACCACCAUCAUUAUCUAAAUUACACGCACUGCCUAUAUAUACAUACAUACAUAUACAUAUAUAUGUAUAUGUACAUCCGUACAUAUUAGCUACAUAUUUACAAGCCCUUCCAGUUUGACGCUCCUUCUCAAUAUGUAAAUACACAUGCACGCACGCGCACACACUCAUUCACAUAUGUAUUAAGUCCAUCAAACCUUCGCCUCAUUCACAACAUUCAAAGAGAGGAGGUGAAGUGAGGAAAUUGUACCCUGUGAUCUGCUUACAAUAUACAUCUAGACACAUGUGUUGCUUUUAAGAGAAAAGCUCAGUGGUUCUUUAUUACCAACACUUAAUCAUGUUGAAUUCGGUAAUAGGACAAUACGAAAAACUGUGGUUGGCAGAUUUUUUCCACCGAUUCCCUCAUGUCAACUUUACCUGGCCAUGGGCUGAUUCUCAUUUUAGUUCAGUCAACAUUCCCUAUUUCCACACACUGCUGUUUUGGACUGGUGUAUUUGUCGGAUGGGCUGUUAUAAUCCAGCUGUUGAUGUUUUUAUACAUCUGUUGCAUUUGUUGCAAGAAGAAAAAGAAGAAGCAUCGGGAAGUAAAGUGUAUACGAUGUUUCAUGGCAAUAUUCAUAUUUGUUUGCGCAGGUUCUCUCGCUGUUGGUUUCUAUGGUAAUGAAGAGACAAACCGAGGAAUGACUAAAUUCAUAACCCACUUAAAAUCCACAACUGGUACAAUCCGUGGCUCCCUAUCUACAAUUGAUACAAUAGACCAGUUAUCAUCCAGAAUCACACAUAAUGUAGCUGAAGUGAAAUUUAUCUUUCAUAGCUCAAUAAAGAACAAAACUGUAUCUCGUGAUGCAAUUGAGCUGAUUGAGAAGUUUGUCUACAAUACAAAACAAAUGCGAGAUUAUUGCUCUUUCAUCAGGCAACAAACAGAACAUAAUCGACUGGAUACAAUAUCUGCUCUUACUUCAUUAGUGGAACCCUACAGAUGGAUUGCUACUCUUUCGCUGUUCAGUGUUCAUGCUUUAAUAAGCCUCUUGCUGCUUAUUGGGAUGCUGACUUGUUCCCGUUGUUUGUUGAUAUUCUGCGUAUUGUUCGGGUGCCUGGCUCUGAUGUUAAUCUGGAUUGGUGGAGGGCUUUAUCUUGGAACUGCUGUGGAUUUUGGUGACCUUUGCGUCAACCCUGAUAAUUAUGUAAAGCAGCAAACCAGUGCAAACAUGGAAGCUAAAGUCCUUAAUGCUUAUUUGAAAUGCACUGAUAUUCGAGAACCAUUUGCAGAGAAAUACAAUGCUGCUCUCUCUGCUAUUGUCCGUGCCAACAGUACUUUAAGUGAGGCACUAUACAUGGCUUCACCCUACAACAUGGGUAGUAAGUUACGCAGCCUUGUUCGAAAGAUCCGUUUAGAAGUGACCGCAGCAGUUUCCAAUGUUUCCCUCCUCAAUCAAAUUUCCGGCUGUUCUUUUAUCCACAACAAUUACAUCAAUGCACUUAAUGGAAUUUGUCAUCAAAGCCUGAUUGGAGUGGCUUUCAUGAGUCUUGUAUGUGGUAUUGUAGGAGUUGCACUGACCAUUAACAUCUGUUUGGCCACAAGGGCUUCAAUCUUAUUUGCAAAGAGUUUGGUAUACUAUCCUGUAGAUGACACCGAUCCAUUCUUACCCAGGCCACCUCCCUACAGCUACGGCACCCUCCCAACGGCUCCGAAUGAUCCUUUCCAAGUGGACGUACGCAGAAGUUACUUGAGUGAGAGUGUUGCAGGUAGUGAGGAGACGGUACCACGUCGCCCUGGCCAGUAUACAGAGUCCCCACCACCAGCAUGCCAUACUACAGAUCAGCUUUUAGAAUUCAUCAUUUCUGCAAGACAUCCAGAUAGUUUGUAUGCCGAUUGGUUCCUCCGUGAACGCUUUUCUGCGGCCAACAAGCUUGGCUGAUCUUUUCACUGUCCAUACGUUGGCAUAUUGCUUACAGGCUGUGCCACAGUGUGAGAGCCUGUCUAUCGAGCUGGCCUCCUGGAUGGUUAGCUUGCUUGCCUUUGUUUGACCCCCUGUAUGAACACACCUUUGCAUGACUUCAGGGUUUCUCUAUCAGUUUGCCUAUACAUACUUAUAUACAUACAUUCAUACACAUACACACACAUGCGCAAAUGUGUGUGUGUGCAUGUAUAUAUAUAUGUACAUACACACAUACACACACAAAUAUACAUACAAAUACAAAAGCAGUCUUCCUAACACUUUUAUAUAUAUAUAUAUAUAUAUAUAUAUAUGAAUGCACUUAUAUACAUACAUUUACAAAUACUUAUUUCUGUGUAUAUAUGCAUGUAUGUUCUCUCUUGCUCUCUUUCUCUUUCUCUCUAUAUAUAUAUAUGUGUGUAUACAUGUGUGUGUGUAUAUAUAUAUAUAUAUAUAUAUAUAUAUAUGUAUAUGUGUGUGUGUGUGUGUGUGUGUGUGUGUGUGUGUGUGUCUAUAUAUAGCAGUUCAGUAAAAGAGACCGGUAGAAUAAGUACUAGGCUUAUAAAGAAUAAGUCCUAGGGUCGAUUUGCUUGACUAAAGGCAGUGCUCCAGCAUGGCUGCAGUCAAAUGACUGAAAGAAAUAAAAAAAAAAAGAAAGAUAUAUAUAUAUAUAUAUGUAUAUAUGUGUGUGUAUAUAUACACAAACAAUCACAAUAACAGUCUUCCCAACACUUACAUAUGCAUAUAUAUUUGUAUCUAUGCAGAAAUGUAUGUGUAUGUAUAUAUAAAUUUAUAUAUACACGAGUGUGUGUGUGUGUGUGUGUGUAUAUAUAAAUAUAUAUAUAUAUAUAUGUAUAAAAUGGCUCUCACCUCAUUCUUGUAUGUGUGGCUUUGUAACUGCAUGUAUGCGUAUGUGUGUGUGUGUGUGUAUCCUUUUCUGUUUUUGUUUUGUUUCGUUUUUUUGUAAUUUUCCCUGUUCUAUAAUCUUUUCUUUAUUGCUCUUUUCCUCUAAUUUUUCCCAUUUCACUCUUGUCUCCUUUGUGCAUGUGCACUAGUAAAUCCAGUUCAGCAUGAUUUUGUCCCAACCUUAACAGUUAUACAUAGCUAUGUAUAUGCAUACAGACAUAUAAUCACAAUUAAACAUACAUGCAUACAAAUAUAUAUAAAAUAUAAAUAUCUAUGAAAACACACAUUUACAAUUUAUUUUUAGAAUCUUUGUUCAUACUAUAUAGUUCCUGCCCCUGUUACCUGUAAUUAAAAUAAAUAUAAUUACCUCACCUGUCUUGUCUUAAAAUGUACCCAUUUCUGCUACUAUAUUGCUCAUCUGAUUUUAAAAUUUCACAAUCCCAUUUUUUGGUCCUCACACAAUCAUUCCAAACUAUUUUACAUGUUCUGUUUCCCUUUUUCUACAAAAUUUCUGGGGUUUAAAAUUCAAAGAUUUGUUAAAAGAACAGUCCAUUUAUAUCAAAUAAAUUGUUACAUGCAUUUUUAUAGUGAACAGCAAGAUUCAAAGUGUGACUUACAUAUUCGCUCUUAAUGUUUCGGCUGAUUUGAACUUGUGUAUCUUAAUUGCUGUUGUGUUUCAUCACAGGAUAACAGCUUCCACUAAUGAAUUGUGUUAUGAACACAUACUUAUCAUAAAGAAGCCUGUUCUGUGUUCAAACACAAUAGUGAUUUGUGUAUUCAUGUUUGAAUCUGCUGGAAUAUAUUAUGAAUAAAUUAUGCAAGCCAUUACCAUUUAUAAUUCAUUUUCUAAAGUUAAAAUACUCAGGAGUUUAAUUAUUAAUCACAAUUAUAGGUUAAAACGUCUCUCUUGUGCAUACCCACACAAAAGGCAUUUAUUUAUAUGUAAUUCUUAUGUUUGUGUGCUUGAGACUGGGAUUUUUGGCUCAAUAUAACUCAAAUGUAAAAUAAUAGACAAUUACCAUUACUAGAGAAAUAUUGGACUUUUAAGUGGAAUCUUAAAAAAUUCCUCAACUGUUUGUGAUAUUUAAAUCACAUGUUGAUAUUUUUAAAGUUUAUUAAAUAUUUUAUACUUUAAAGUUCUCAUAUAGUUUGGUCAAAUUUACAGUUGUUAAUUAAAUUUAUAAUUAGAACCAGAUGGGCCAUUCAUUAUCAGGGCUAUAAUUGGAAGGAAAUGACUUAAGAUUGAUAUUUUCAAAAAACUACUUAAUAUAUUAUAUAAUAAAAAGGCUUUGUUCAGCCUCUGUUACUUAAUUAUGUUUGUUUUAAAACAUUCAAAUUAGCUGCUUCAACUGUUUAAUAUUUUGAUUUCAUUUUCUUACAAGUCAUUUUUAGUUUCUAUUUAAUUAACAGCAUUUGAUCUAUGGCUCUCAGCUUAUGUGAAUUGUGACACGCUUUUAGUUCUUGAUUAAAGCCAAAAUAUUUUACACUGCUAAUGCUAUUGGAAAGGCUGAAGCUUCUCAAAUAUUCAUUUCUACUCCAAAAAUAACUAGCCCUUGUGCCUAAAGAAACCAACAGAUUGGAGAAACAUGUAAAUAUCUCAUUGAUCUCAAAAGCUAAAACUAUUUUUAUUCUCCCUCUCCAUAUAUGUGAGUAUGUGUAUCUACAUAUAUAUACAUACACAUAUAUAUAUAUGUAAAUAAACAAGUAUGUAUAUAUAUAUACAUACAUGCAAACAUGUACAAAUAUAUAUGCUCUUGGAAAUUAGCAUUAAGUAGAACAAUUAGUUUCCCAAAAGAAGUAGUUAUAAAGUCAUACCUUAAGAUAGGAGAGUAUUGUAGUUCGCUUGAAGCAUUGUGUAUUGUUUGUAAAGAAUAAAAAAUUUAGAAUGGUAAAACAAUGCACUAUAAAACAAAAAAUGGACUAUAUAUCUGUUGUAAUUUGGUUAUCUGAUAUUUCGGAAUUACAAUUCUUUCUUCAGAUAUUCUUAGAUGGAGUCUCUGCUAUAAACUGUUUUCCAACGGUUUUCUUUUUUUCAUAAGAAUUAUUUACCAACUUCACUGCAUUUCUUAGAAUAUAUCACUCUCAGAUAAGACAGAUUAUCACAUUAGGUCAAACUAAGAUCCAAUUAUAAUGGCUCUCUGUUUUAUUUGGGGGAUGAAGGAUAGUAAUACCAUGACUGCAUAUUUAACUGUAGAAGGACCACCUUUACAACUUAUAUGCAUAUAUUUUUUUAUAUUCCAUUUCAUAUAUAUAUAUUGCUAGGCAACAAUCUGGUGAAGAAGAAGGACUCAAAUGAAUAUAGAGUACAGUAGCUCAUAUAAGCCAGUCGAAUUACCUUUUAGCCUGGAGUUUCCAUUGCAUACAGUUGCUUCAUUAGACCUUCAGCUCUGAAGAACUGGUUUAAGUAAUCUGUCUGUCUGUCUGUCUCUUUUUUUCUAAGUACUUAGAUCCAGUAUCUUUUGAAGUGCCACUUUCACUAUUUUAGGUGUCUACAUACAUGCAAGCUGACAUAGACACCUGCCCCUCUUGGCACUCAUACCCUUGAGUCAGUAGAAUUUUAUGAUGUAACAGCUAGAGGGAUUGUAGGAGGGAGGGCUGCACCAUUGACUGGUGCAACAUGAAAUGAAUUGAACUUAUGAUUGUGAGCUCAGCAGUUUAACCAUGAGGCCACAUAUCUCCAAUAUAUAUAUAUAUAUAUUUAUAUAUAUAUAUAUAUAUAUAU